CUUGUCCCUGAAUGACGGGUCAGCGCGUGGCUGCACUUGUCACUGGCUGGAGUAAGGCUGGCGAGACGCAGGGGAAAGGGUCCAGCUGCUGCGCGACCCACACCGGGACCAGCAACCCGGAGCCGCUCUUUCCCAGUGAGACCUGCGGUGCCAAGCCGAGGCCCCGCCCCGCGCCCGUCACAUCCGGCGGCGGGCGGGAGGCGGUGUGGGCUUUCCCUGGGAGGUGGAGUAUCGGUUAACCCCUUCGUGUCCAGUGCGGCCCGGAGCCUCUGCGGGGCCGGAACCCGCGAGUUGGGGCUCCCCAGCCACACCCCUCGUGGGAUUUAAAGCGGGGAAGGUGGGGCCGGACGGGCCGAAGCCCGAGCCGAGGGAGCGGGCAUGAGGCGCUGCCCGUGCCGGGGGAGUCUGAGCGAGGCGGAGGCCGGCGCGCUGCCCGCCGGGGCCCGCAUGGGGCUGGAGGCGCUGCGAGGUGGGCGGCGGCGACAGCCGGGACUGCAGCGACCUGGGCCGGGAGCGGGUGGCCCGACGGGACGGCCCGAGGGGGGCGGGCCUCAGGCCUGGACUGAGGGGUCCAGCCUGCAGUCCGAGGCGGAGAGGACCGACCUCGGGCCUGUGCGGGGUCCCGACGGCCCGCAGGCUGAAGCCCGUGGAGGCGGGCACGCGGUGUGCGAGGCAGCCGGCCCGGGAGCGGAGUCAGAGAAGCCCAGCCGACGCCGGGAGCCAGACGGCUCCAACCUGCAGACGCAUCCAGAAGGGAGCAGCCCCCGGGCAGAGAUGGAGAUGGCCGGUUCCUGGACAGAUGGCUUUCGAACUGACCCCCCCAGACCCGACCUCCAGUCUCAGCCGAAGAGAGCCAGCCUCUGUAGCCAGCCAGCGUUUGAUGAGUCCUGGGCUGGACCGGAGAGGCUCGAGCCGUGGCAGACUCUGCCAGACAGGGACAAGCCCUGGGUGGAUCACCUCCGGACCCACCACAGCACGUCCAAGCUCCAAACUCACCCAGACGGAGUCUGCCCCUCACCCGAACCAAGGGCUGAUGGCCCCUGUAAGGGGUCGCCCGCGGAUGGUUCCAGGACACCACAGGACACCGACGGCUCCGGGACAGAGUCCCAAACUCAUGGCUCCCUCACACGACAGAGUACUCAGACAGCCUGGAAACAGCCUGGAAGGGGUGAUUCUCAAGACACUGACGGUGCCUGGAUUCAACCUGGCACUGAUGGUCCCUGGGCUGCCGGCGUUUUGGGGCAAUCCAAUGGAGAUGAUCCAUUAGAGGAACAAGAGGCGGGGGAGUUGGUGACUAAGCUGUGCUCCCACCUGGAGUGCAGCGCCCUGAGUCCUGUGCCCCGCCUCAUCAUCACCCCUGAGACUCCCGAGCCUGAGGCCCAACCGGUGGGACCCCCGUCCCGGAUUGAGGGCGGCACUGGCGGCUUCUCCUCUGCCUCCUCUUUCGAUGAAUCUGAGGAUGACUUGGUGUCUGGGGGCGGAGGUACCAGCGACCCGGAGGACAGAUCUGGAAGCAAGCCCUGGAAGAAGCUGAAGUCAGUUCUGAAGUACUCGCCCUUCGUGGUCUCCUUCCAUAAGCACCACUACCCCUGGGUCCAGCUUUCCGGACAUGCUGGAAACUUCCAGGCCGGCGAGGAUGGCCGGAUUCUGAAACGUUUCUGUCAAUGUGAGCAGCGCAGCCUGGAGCAGCUGAUGGAGGACCCCCUGCGGCCUUUCGUGCCUGCCUAUUACGGCAUGGUGCACCGGGAUGGGCAGGCCUUCAACCAGAUGGAAGACCUCCUGGCAGACUUUGAGGGCCCCUCUAUCAUGGACUGCAAGAUGGGCAGCAGGACCUACUUGGAAGAGGAGCUGGUGAAGGCACGAGAACGGCCCAGGCCCCGGAAGGAUAUGUAUGAGAAGAUGGUGGCCGUGGACCCCGGAGCCCCCACUCCUGAGGAGCACGCUCAGGGCGCCGUCACCAAGCCCCGAUACAUGCAGUGGAGGGAGACCCUGAGCUCAACUUCCACCCUGGGCUUCCGGAUAGAAGGCAUCAAGAAAGCCGAUGGGACCUGCAACACCAACUUCAAGAAGACACAAGCGCUGGAGCAGGUGACGAAGGUGUUGGAAGACUUUGUAGAUGGGGACCUUGGAAUCCUGAGAAAGUACGUGGCGCGACUCGAGGAUCUCCGAGAGGCCUUGGAAAACUCUCCCUUCUUCAAGACCCAUGAGGUAGUGGGCAGUUCCCUUCUCUUUGUGCAUGACCACACCGGCCUGGCCAAGGUCUGGAUGAUUGACUUCGGCAAGACAGUGGCCCUGCCUGACCACCAAAUGCUCAGUCACAGGCUGCCUUGGGCUGAGGGCAACCGCGAGGAUGGCUACCUCUGGGGUCUGGACAAUCUGAUCCGCCUCCUUCAGGGGCUGGCCCAGAGCUGAUCUCAUCUGCUGCUGCUGAUGCUGCUAGGUAGCAGGCCUCUGGCUUGAGGAGCCCUAAGACGCCGUCGGGCCUGCCGCUGAUGGAAGACGAGGUGCUUCAAGGGGCCAUCCGACCAGUGUGGCCUGAGGAGCUCUGGGGACCUGGCAGCACUGGGCUCCCUUACUGAUACGGGGAACAGACAGGUAGAGCUAUAGAGUUGGCACAACACGAAUGGGGCAUCCUGAUCAGCCAAGGGAGUGCCAGAGGCCAUGCUGGAAGAACCCCUCCCUCCCCGAGCUGGCGUCCUGCACCCAGAGCCUCAGCAGGUUGGCUUCUGUCCCCCGGAGGAUCAGGCAUCGGUUGUGAAGACCUAAAGGAGCUACUUGUCCGCCUGGGGCAGUGACAGCCCCACUGGAGGCCACCUACGUGCCGAGAGAAGGGUGUGACGACACCGCCCAGGGCCUGCUGCCACUGUGGGAGCACAGCUCGCGCCCCCCCCCCCAGGCCUCUGUGUUCCUCCGUGGACUCUUCUAGCUGCUGCAGAGCCAGACCACAGGCAGCCACCUGUGCCAGCACUGUGACCACCUUCCUUCCUUCCUUGGUGCACCGGCUGCAGCCUCAGGACUUCCUCCUUCUGCCCCUGACACCAGGGCUCUCCUGUCUCAGUAGAGUCCAGUGGCAAGAAGGCGUUUCCGAGGCAGGGGAGGAGGCUUCUUGGGAACAGGAGCUGCCUCGCUCGCUCUGUAAGUGCCCCCCACCCACACGCAGAAUGCACUGCCAGGUUGCCCGGAAGCACAAGUGGGUGGGGCUUCUGGCCCUAACCAUGGACGGACCACCUAGUUCUAACCAAAGACUCUGGGACUCUGGAAUGGGGCAGAAGCUGCUGUCCCCAUGCUCCAGCACCUCUCUAGAACCUUGGCUUCCUGGUGAGGGCAGGAACCUACCUCUUCCCUAGGCCCUAUGGUCUUCCAGGGCCCACGUCUUCCUUUUCUACUGACUGACUUUAUAUAUAUUUAUAUACGAGGUAGUUAGCUGGGGGUGGUGCCAGGGAAAUCGAGGUAAAGUGGCUUUAUUGUGCCUCCCGCCCACAGUGACACCCCAAUAAACAGGACAAAGUCAA